AUGCAGAUUGUAGCAAACAUUCUGGCACUGCAGGCCUUGGUGGCCACCGCCGUCUCGGCUGCUGCCCUGCUUCCUCGCGACUCGACCGCCACCAACACUUCGUCCGACGCUCCCACCUCGAUCAGCCCCGAGAACCCCUUCCCCACCAACGUAGGCUACGCUGGCAAGACCAAGUACGGCACUUCCCCCUUCCUCGCCGUCACCGACCGCAUUCCCGGCGAGCUCAAGGACGCCUCGAUCGAGACGCGAUGGAAGCCGCUCUACGCCCGCGAGGAUUGCACCUACAACAUCUUCCAGCACCUCGGCAACGAAUCUCCUUACUUUUCUUCGCCCAUCUUUGCCGACUUUCAGCAGGAGCACGCACGUCUCUCGGACAAGUGCACUGUCAAGCAGGUUCACAUCCUCCACCGUCACGGUGCGCGAUACCCUACUUCGUCCACGACCGAGGGCGCGCCGUACUUUGGUGCUGUCAUCGCCAACGUCUCCAAGCUCAACCACCCGGACUCGAACUUUUCGGCUUCGGGUCCGUUGAGCUUCCUGAACACGUGGAAGUAUGAGUUGGGUGCCGAGGUGCUCAACCCUGUGGGAACUCAGCAGCUGUUCGACUCGGGUGUUCACCACUUCUACCAGUACGGGAGACUGUACAAUGCGUCCAACGAGAAGCACAAGCCUGUAAUCAGGACGACGAGCCAGCAGCGUAUCCUCGACUCGGCGAGGUACUGGACGCUCGGAUUCUUCGGCUGGGAUGCUCCCACCAAGAUCAACCUCGAAAUCAUCCUGGAAGGAGGCGACGGUCUUGGUACACCGGGUGCGUUCAACAACACGCUCGCUUCGUACGACACUUGCAACAACUCGGACACCAUCACCGUCGGCGACACCUACCUGCGACCCGUCUGGGACGCCAUCUACCUGCCUGCACCGCGCGAUCGUCUGCAGCAGUACGUCUCGGGUCUCGAACUGACCAACGAGAUGGUGUACGGUAUGCAGAGUCUGUGUGCCUACGAGACUGUUGCGCUCGGAUACUCGAACUUCUGCGGUCUUUUCACCAAGGAGGAGUGGAACGGAUUUGAGUACGACCUGGAUCUGCAGUUCUCGGGUGACUACGGCAUCAUGAGCCCCAACGGCAAGGCUCAGGGUAUCGGCUGGGUCAACGAGUUCCUCGACCGCCUCACCAACACCACUUGGAAUCCCGCCACCAUCACCACCGAGAACAGCACGCUCGACUCCAACCCAACCUACUUCCCUCUGGACCAGACCAUCUACGUCGAUUUCUCGCACGACGACAUCCUCCUCUCGGUCCUCACUGCUCUCAACUACACCCAGGUCGUGGGAGAGUUCCUCGACCCUGCCAACCCGGAUCCCAACCGCACCUUUGUGCUCAGCCACAUCACUCCCUUUGCCGCACGCAUCGUUUUCGAGGUGAUCGAGUGCGAUGACAAGCCCGGAAAGAGGUUCAUCAGGACCAAGCUCAACGAGGCGGUCAUUCCGUACAGCGGCGCUGAGGGUUGCCCGGCGGGCAAAUCGCUCUGCCCGAUGGAGGACUUUGUCAAGUUCCAGCAAACCAACGCUUACAAGGACGCCAACUUUAACAAGGCUUGCUUCGGAACGAAUGGGACUGACUUUGUCGUCACGGGUCCCGUGCGAAACGCAUCGAGAGACGAUCGGAACACCUUGUGUGACUGUAGACAGCUGCGUAUGUGGCGUUCCAUCGUGACGAGCAAGAUUGCAUCUCAAAGUUUCUCUACAUAUACCGGACGUUCGGCAUCGCACCUUCGACGAGCAGCCAUAGCUCAGCCUUGCCCUCCUCGUACACCAACCUACCUCGCAGCAGCCACGAUGACCACCAAAAGCAGCGCCACCAAAGACGACAACAGCAGUCCGCGACGCAACCGUACCGAUCUUCUCCAACCCGAGUUUGCGCCUCACGCUCCCGUUGCGCCUCUUGGUCAAGACUUGCUGCACGGCCCCUCGCUGCAGGACCACAUUGUUGUCAUUCUCGGUGUUGGACCGGGACUGGGCAUCUCGAUCGCCCAAGUGUUCGCCGAGCGCGGCUACACCACAGCCAUCCUGUCGCGCAGCAAGGCUCGACUGGAACAAUGGGCCGAGUCGCUCCACCAAACAGCUUUUGCCUUUCGCAAGCAACACGAUAUCCCCACGGCUUCAAAAGACGAAAAGCUCUCGGCUGCCUUCGCCUGUGAUGCGCUGGACAACGAUUCCAUUACCACCGCGAUCCAGCAGAUCUGCGACUUCUGGCCGGGUAAGAAGCUCGGCACAGCCUGCUACAACGCCUCGAUUCGCAAGAGAGGUCCCUUCCUCGAGCAGCGCCUCGAUCAGAUCAAGGAUGGCGUGCAAGGGUCCAUCUUGGGUGGAUUCACUUUUGCUCAGGCUAGCCUGCGGAUGAUGGAGACGCACGCAGAGGGUGGCAAUCUGAUCGUGACAGAAUCUGGUUUGAGAGCCAUGUGUCAGUCGAUCGCUCGCGAGUACGGUCCCAAGAACGUCCACGUGAGCCACGUCAUCAUCGACGGCCUCAUCGAAUCCGACACAGCUCUCGAGUACUUGGGCAUGCCCAAAGGCAGUCGCUUCCCCGACGGCGCGGUGAGUACCUUGAUCGCGUCCUUACAUGGCCAUCGACCACGUGAAAGAAGAACUGACAUCUCUAUGCUCAACCAUCGUCGGACCGUUAGGCUCUACUGCCACCUCAAAUGGCAAAGACGUGGCUCUUUCUCGCUCAACAGCAUCCUUCUGCUUGGACCUUCGAGAUGGACCUGCGACCUGCCCGAGAGCACUGGUAGCGGAUCGGCCAACAUUCAGAUCGAUUCUCAGCGGAUACACGAACGAAGCACCAACACAGGUCGUCUAAAUGUAAAGUGUUGA